AUGAGACGAUCAUUAACUAUAUCUAUUGCAAUUUUUGUUGUGGUUCUAAUUAGUGUGGCAGCUACAGUGGGUCUCGUUAUCGGUUUACACAAACGCAAUUCUACAAUUCCAGAUUUAUCAACAAAUACUAUUUAUUAUGGUGUUAAAGACAUGAAACUAAUGGAUAUCGACAGUCUGCGUGUGUUUGGAGUCAAGGAUUUCAAUGGUAAUAUACAAAGCGUACAUGCUAUUCAGACAAACGCUUCCAUAUAUAUGCUGGAUAAUGAUUUAAUCGACCAGAUACAAACUGAAGGAUAUACUCUCUUAUUUAACUAUAACUAUACUAUUAAUGAGUACUACGUUAUGUUUAUUUCGGAGAAUAAUUCGUAUCAGAUACCAUCCACGUACAAAAUUCCGACUGUAAAAUUUCCAGAUAUCGAGUUUGAAUAUCCUAAAGAUGCUAAUAUGUCUAAUCCUUUUACCGGUCUUGUCAUCGAAUUAAAGGAUAGUGUGACAGAUACGUUGAUUGAUGAUGCUAUUUUACAAUUUAACUAUCAUGAUAGUCAAUAUGGCAAUAAAAGUGUGACCAUGAUUGAUACAGGUGCUGGACGAUACUAUGCUCUAUUACCUACUGUUGAUAAAGAAAUAGCUCCAUAUUUCGAGACGAAAAAUUUAUAUGCAACAGUUUCUCAGCAAAGUGAUUCUCUCAUUGAAUUACUACAAGUUUAUCCCAUAGAUGAUAUAACGUGCGUCAAGAAAGUCUUCGUACAAAAUUGA